AUGAAAGUUCUCUCGUUUAUCGUGGCUGCGGCCCUCGUGGGUCUCACCGGUGCUUCUUCAAACUCCUCCAGCCUGGGGCUGUUGAAAUCGGACGGCGUGGCACUGGGAAACUGGGAAUCCGCCUACCAAAAGGCCUCUUCUUUCGUCGCGGGCCUGACCACUGAUCAGAAGCUGGCUUUGAUCACGGGCAGCAGCAUCGACUCCACCAAUGGCAGCUUUACUGCACUCACCUUCCUUGAUGGAGACAUGGGUCUUCAGGACUACUUCUAUGUCUCUGCGUUUAGCUUGUCUUCAGCUAUUGCUAUGACCUGGGACCGCGAUGCCAUUUAUGACCAGGCUAAAGCGGUCGGCUCUGAAUUUUACAACAAGGGUGUCCAGGUUGUCGCUGGUCCUACGUCCCAACCCCUAGGACGCACGCCAUGGGGAGGUCGUAACGUUGAGGGUUUCGGUCCUGAUCCUUAUCUUAACGGAUUGGCUACGGGUCUGACCACAAAGGGAUAUGUUGAUGCUGGCGUCAUUCCAGGUGCCAAGCACUUUCUUCUGUACGAACAAGAAACUAAUCGAACCGGCGGUAUGGGUGGCGGCAUGGGUGGUGGUGGUGGGGGUCCAGGUGGGUUUCCAGGAGGCGGUGGUAUGCCUUCAGGGGGAAGGGGGCCUGGAUCUUCGAACUCUUCGUCGAUAGGUUCCCGGCCUACCGGAUCAAUGAGCCGUCGUGCUGCCGGCUCCAGUUCGAGCUCGGACUCUGCACCAUACUCUUCCAAUGCCGAUGACAAGACCCUACACGAAACCUACCUCUGGCCUUUCUACGAUGCAGUCCAUAAUGGCCUGGGCGCCGUGAUGUGUGCGAUGACCAAGGUCAACGGCACUCUAAGCUGCCAAAACUCUGACUUGUUGAUGAAGCAUCUGAAGACGGAGCUCGGCUUCCCAGGCUUAGUCUGGCCCGACAUGAAUGGCCAGAGUGGUGCUUUGGAGUCCGCUGUCGGCGGGGAGGACUACGGUUCCAGUAGUAUCUGGAGCACUUCCACCAUAGAAACCCUGCUGUCCAAUGGCUCCCUGAGCGAGGCCCGCUUGGACGAUAUGGCCAUUCGCAAUAUGAUGGGCUAUUACUAUGUCAAUUUGGACAAUGGUCUCCAGCCGGACCAUCAAGAUGAAGAUGCGUACGUGGACGUGAGAGGCAACCACUCGAAACUGAUUCGCAAGAACGGAGCCAAGUCGAUGGCCCUGUUGAAGAACAAUAAUGCUCUCCCCCUGAAGAAGCCCCGCGUGAUGAGUGUUUUUGGAGCCCACGCUGGCCCUGUGAUGGGAGGGCCUAACAUGGCUAUGAACGUCCAGGGGUCGGGACCGACGUACCAGGGCCACUUGGCCUCCGGCACCGGGUCUGGCCAGGCCUCCUAUCCCUACCUGGUGGCACCAUAUGUUUCACUGACCAACAAGGCCAGUGAAGGUGGUACCAUGAUGCGGUGGAUCCUCAAUGAUACCUAUAGCUCUUCUAGUGGCUCCAGUUUGAUUAUGGAGGGAACUGAUAGCACCGCCGUGGCAGCCUCCUAUACCAACUAUGCCACCAACGCGGAUGCCUGUCUCGUCUUCCUGAAUGCUCUUUCCGGCGAGGGUGCCGAUCGCACCGAAUUGUAUAAUGACGACCAGGAUACCAUGGUUAACACCGUCGCUGAUAACUGCAACAAUACUAUCGUUGUGAUUAACGCCGUCGGCCCGCGUUUGAUGGACCAAUGGAUUGAACACGACAAUGUCACCGCUGUCCUCUACGGAUCCCUCUUGGGUCAGGAGUCUGGUAACUCCAUCAUCGAUGUUCUCUACGGAGAUGUGAACCCGUCUGGCCGCCUCACCUACACCAUCGCUAAGAAUGAGAGUGACUAUAACGUCAAUCUCUGCUAUACUACACAGUGCAACUUCACCGAAGGUGUCUACCUCGACUACCGUUACUUCGACGCCUACAACGUUACCCCGAGAUACCCCUUCGGACACGGUCUCUCCUACACCACCUUCUCCUACUCCGACCUCACCAUCGAGAAGCCUUCCAACCUCUCCAAAUACCCCACUGGGGAGCAGACUAUCGGCGGCCACAGCGAUCUCUGGGACAACGUGGCCAGCGUCUCCGUGGAAAUCGCUAACACCGGUUCUCUGGACGGCGCUGAAGUUCCCCAGCUUUACCUCGGAUUCCCCAGUUCUGCAAAGCAGCCCGUCCGCCAGCUCCGUGGUUUUGAACGCGUUGAAAUCGCCGCCGGGGACAAGACCAAGGUUACCUUCAAGCUGCGCCGCCGUGAUAUCUCCUACUGGGACGUGACAGCCCAGCAAUGGCUUGUCGCUGCAGGCAACUACAAGGUCUACGUAGGCGCAAGCUCUCGUGACCUGAAGCUGAACGGGACAUUUACCGUCCAAACCUCUUCUUAG